CUUUUCCUAAUUAAUUAUUUAUUUUUUCAUCUCUUUUUGAUUAAUUAACUUCAAAGCGAUUAAUUAAAUGAUCAACUGUUUGCUCUUUGUUUUUAUCUAAAGUAAUAUGUUCGUUUAAGCCUUUUUGUUCCAAUCAACAAGCAACAUUACAAUUCUAUUCUUGUUUAAGACAAAAUCUUAUUUUUCUUGUGUUUUCUAUUCUUUUUUCAUCUCAAUUUUUAAAUCUCUUUCUGUUUUUCGCUCUCUCAUUUUCGUCCGAUGUGAACAUUUCGAAACCAGUGCCUGAAAUCAAACUCACCUUACAAAAAUUUCCGAUAAAAUAAUUUGGUUCCUGGACCCGAAUCUAUAAUUUUUAUACGAAUUUGGAUUCUUGGAUUUUCCUUUUCUCUUGAUCACUUUUCUGGUUUUUGGUUACAAUUUAUAAUGAUGAUAUUUGGCUCUUCCAUUCUAAUGAUUACUUGAUUGGUUUUAAUAAUCAUUAUGAUGAAUCCUCUUUUUCUUUGAUUAUGCUGAACGUUAAAUUACCAAUUCAUCAACUUAAUUGAAGAUCUUUCUUCUCUUCUGUUGAUCUACAUCCUUAUUUUUUUCUCUUCUCUUCCAUUACAACUUCUUCUCCUUGGACAUUCCUCCUCCUCUUCUUGCCUCUUUUCCCACCACCACCAUCAUCAUCACCAGAAGAUCAGCAACAGCAAACAACAUCAUCUUUUAUAAUUGUGUCAAUCUUUAUUCUUUUACAUCAUUUAUCCUCUUGCCUUGUUCUUCUUUUAAUAACUUGUGUUUCAAUCAUAUUUGCCUCUCUCACUUUUUCCUCUUCUUUCCCUUCAUCAUCAUCGCCUGGAAAAGUAGUAAUAAUAUUGUAAUCAACAUCAUCAAUUUUCUUCUCUCUCUCUCUCUCUCUCUCUCUCUCUCUCUCUUCUCUUUCAAUUUAGCCUUACCUUUCCUUUCAACAUUCUGUGUGUAAAUAUAUAUUUUUCUCACUCUAUUAUUGUGCCUGGAAUCAAGUUGUAGAUAAUAUUGUUGAUAGAGAUAAUGGAGAGGAUUUAGAAGCAAAAGAGAAGAGAAAAAAAGACACAUAUACACAGUGAGAGAGAGAGAGAGAGAGAGAAGAGAAGAGAAAAAAACGAGAAAUAAAAAUGAGAAGAUGAGAUCUUUAUGAAUGCUUGAUGAAGAGAGAAAAAUCAUUUUCUUUUCCUCAUUGAGGGAACUUGUGAAUUCUGUAACCACACUUUUCUUCCUUUUCUUCUUUUUCUUCUUCUGCCAUUAUCACCUGUCAAUCAUCUUAAUCAUCAUCACCAUUUUACUUAUACAAUGUUCGGUGUCCCUGGAGCUAAAGGAGUUGUCUCAUCACCUCCACAACCAUGGAUAAGAUUUAAUGAUUCACCUACACCAUUGGAAAGUCCAUUAGCCCAUCAACCACCUCUUUCCCAUCAAUAUAAUCAAUCAUCAUAUCAUCAACAACAAACACAACAACAACAACAACAACAAUCACAACCACAAUCCAAAGUAUCAUCAUUAUCACCUCCACUUUCUGAUAAUUUUUCACCCAAUGAGAAUAUUAAUCUUUCCAAUGGAAUACAAUUAGCUAAUUUUGAUUUUAAUGCUGCUUCCAUUGAAAAAGAUCCUAAAAUAUUACAUCCAGUUGCUCUUCGUGUCUCACCUGAUGGACAAUUGAUUACAUAUGAUCCCUCGGUUAACAACAGUGGCAGCAACAGUAGCAGCAGCAGCAGUAGUAAUGGUAACCAUUUUAAUACCACCAACGGUAGUGGUACCAGUGUAAAUAGCUCUUGUAGCAUCGGUGGUAGUAAUAGUAGUAUAAUUAACAAUUGUGGUCCAUCCUCAUCAAUAUUUCUUAAAAGCCUUCCGUCAACAACCUGUCAACAUCAUUCAGCUCAACAGCAACAACAAGAAUCUUCAACCAGUUUGAUCCAAUCAACGGCAAGCCAAUCAUUCCAACCGUUAAGCGGUAAAAAGGAUCUCCUUCUUGCACCUCCGCCACCGCCACGACCUCACCGAAGACCUGGACAUGCUCGAAGCUCAUCACUUGAUCUCAAUUGUUUGGAGAAAAGUUUACCCUCUAUCAGCGGCAAUCAAGGCCGUAAAUUAAUUACCAAUUGUCUCUCAAAUUUACCUUCUAAUAACGCUCUUGGACUGACCAAUUUACCUCCAGGAGUUGACAGGAAAGGAGCAUUCACCGUCUAUCGGAAAACUCAGAAAGAUCAUUCAUCAACAAUUAGGGAAUCAACAUCGCCAUCAACCAAAGGAAGCAAUAAAUGGUUGGAAAUUUUAAAAGCUAAAUAUCAUCCACCUAAACCUGUUCAAAUGCCAAGAAGUAUUUAUGACUUUUUUCAGAACAAGGAAUUGGUUGAUUAUAUUCAGGAUCUUCAGGAACGUUGCUAUCGCCUGGAAACCAUGAACAAUGAACUUAUCCACAAAAUGGCCAAUCUGAUGGAGGAUCAAUCAUAUUUUCAUCAUUCUCAUCAUUCAAAUCAUCAUGUUGAUUACAAAAGAUUAUCUAAGUGAUAUAAUUAACAAUUAGUAUACAUCCAAAGUCGUUGAGCUUACAAUCACCUGUUUAAAUCAUUCUCACAGUUAAUAAGAGUAAAAAGUUAACUCAGAGAUGUGAUAAUAAUCAAUCUCAUUUAAACGAUGUAAUCAAUUAAGAUGAUCAUUUAAUUAGUAAUCAAAAGCUACCUGAUUAUUUCCUGGACGAAAGAUUGAAACAAUUUGGUCGCAAGCUCAAAGUCUUUGGCUUUAUAAAUGUGAAUGAAGUAAACAAAAUCAGAAAAAAAAGAGAAGACAAAUUAUUAUUAUAUUACCAAAUUAAAAUUAUAUUAUUAAUCUAAAUUACCCUGAACAAUUAUAAGAAUUCACAAUCAGGCAACUAUGUUUAUUAUUAAUCUAAUUGUGAUUUCCUCCUUUCUAUCUCUCACUAUCUCGCUGUCUCUUUGUAAAUCCCUCAAAUUGAUUUAACAAUUAACUUCAUCAAAUCUGAGGAUAGGUGAUAAUCAAACAUAUUAUGAGUCAAUCUUAUAACACAAUUUACAUUAAUUACAAUCAACUUAUAGUCCUUUUCAACAGAUGAAAUAUGAUUCAAUCUAAAAAGCCAAGUAAAUUGUAAUUAUUGCAAAUGCUACGAUAUAUUAUUAUGAAAGACAAAAAGUGUAAUUAAAAAGAUGAUAAUUUAUAUUCACAAUUAA